AUUAAGCUGCAAAUUAACGGAUUGGAGCGCUUCAAACGUCGUGCGUUCUAAACUAUGCGCAGCAUGUGGCCGCAAACGCUGGAAAUGUCCCGCGACGAAUGUCGGGGCAUGCUGCGUCGACUUGAGUUAGAAUCGUAUUCGCAUAUAAUAAGCGUUUUUCGCGCCCAAGGCUCGCUCAGCGAACCAAAAGCCAAGCUGCUCGAGGAGUUGCGUCAACUGUUUCACAUAACACAGGAACGCCACCGUGCGGAGGUGCGACGCGCUGCCAACGACGAGCAAUUGUGCACCAUUGCCGAGAACGUCUGCGGCCCAAACACAUGGCAGGAAUGGUCACGUGAAGGUCGUCGCCCAUAUCCGCUGCUGCCACGCAUUUGUCCGCAAACAGCUCUGAGCAUUGUGGCCAACGAUCUGGCCGCGAAAGCUUAUGCGGAAAAUAGUAAACUGGCUCCGCCAAAUGAAACUGGGGCAAACCUAAGCGAAGCACUUCUCGAACAGGCAACCUAUCAGACUCUUAAGCAUGGCAUUACAAAACAUCAGGAGCCCCUGGUCAUCAUGGAUGAGCCGUUUAAGGUGCCCGACUUGCCGAAUGAAAUAAAAAAGGCAACAUUGAAGCGGAAGGAGAACGAAACGGGCGACACGAAACCUAACAAAAAGCGUAAUACACAACACGACAGGCAGCUGGGACAGCCGCAGCAGUCGGCGUCUCAGCAAAGCGGCGGCAAGGACGAAGAUGGUCAACUGGCGCCGUUGGAACAGCGCCCCAGCGCCCGUACCCUGCAGCAGCGUUACUUUUACCAGCAGCAGCAGAAACAUAAGCAGCGGGUGGCGAGCAAAAAGGGCGCUGGCAAUGCGCUGGCCAACAACAGCGGCGUUCCUGGCGUCGGCGUCAGCACGAAGCCUGCGAAGAGCGGAAGGCGGCGAGCACAAAAACAGCUCCAACAGCAGAUGCAGCAAAAGCAGCAGCUGCAACAGCAGCAACAACAGCAGCAAGAACAAGAGCAACAGCAGCAGCAGCAGCAACAACAACAGAAAGUAUUAUUGUCAGCGCCGACGCCAGCAGCCGAGCCGGCAGCGCACCCGAAUGCCAAUCACCUGGUGCAGCCACACGUGGAAUACAUACUCGACGAAGCGCUUAAAUCGGUGGCGGCCACCAAGUUGAAGACGAUACCUGCGGCACGUGUUGUCUAUGGUCCGCCGGAAAUGCUUUCGCCAACGACGCCUCGUGCGUUUGUUAACUCGCCUGUUGUUUUCAAGGAGAAAUUGUCCCCCACGGCGCAGUCGCAUCAGCAGCUGCAGCAGCAGCAACAGCAACAGCAGCAGCAACAGUUGAGCACGCCCGUUAAAAAAUACAUUGUAGAGGAACGCCAGCCGGUUGUUAUAGGGACACAGCCGACGUCUGCUAAUAUCUCAACGGCCAACCUGCCACUUGCCCCGCAAAUAAUCAGCGUUCAGCAGAUUGCAGCGCCCCCGAAAGUACGGACAACAAGCAGCACCAUUUUGCCAGCUGGGACGAAGCUGACGCCCAAGAAGAUCAAUUUGAUAGACAAGCAGCAGCUGCCUUCCGUGCCCAACACAGCCGUGCGUCUGUUGCCCUACGACCAGCAGCCUGGCUCAAUCCCAGCCAAUCAAGGCACCACCAGCAAGUCGCCAGCUACGGCAGCUGUGCAGAAGUACAUUGUCGAGGAUCGAGUGCCCAAUCAGAGUCAGAAUCAGAAUCAGAGUAUAGCCACGCCUCUGAGCAGCGCCUCAGCUGUAAAUAUUAUAAAAAAUAUACCGGCUAGCAGCUUGAACAACACACUGAUCACGCCUUUGAGCAGCUCGGUGACGCCCGGCACACCUCUGUUUCGCAAGGCGUCGGCGACGACAACAAGCACGACGGCCGGCAGUGGUUCACCCUCCACGUCACAGAUACUGGGCAAUAUUAAACUGACCAGCGCCAGCGCAAUCAAGCAUGUGCCCAGCAGUGCACUGCGCAACAUCAAAAUCUGCUCGCCCAAUGGCAAGGUGUUCCUACAGCCCGCCAAGCUGCACAGCGGCAGCAUUAUACACAAACUCAACACAGCAAAUGUCACCGCAGUGGCCGCUUCCGGCGCAGCUGGCGUCACGGUGAGCAGUGCCGCACUUUCGCCCACUGGCGGUGGCACGCCGUCUUCCCCACAAUCGACACAGCAGCGAAUUAAGAUACAAGGCAUGCAUCUGCUGACGCCCAGCCAAGUGAUCUCGAGCGCCGCGGGCGGCACAAGCAGCGUAAGCGUAGUCUCCAGCUCCAGCAUCGCUGGUAGCGGCGCCAAGGUCAAGCCCACCACUCUAACCCUGGGUCCGGCUGGUGUUGGCAAGAAUAAUUUGGUGUUCUUGCCAACGAGCGGAAUGCGAGCAGUUACGCUGGCCUCCAGUAAACCCAAGUCCAGCGCCGAGCUGCUGGCAGCCAAGCCCAAUGUGCUCGUCAUAGGUCCAUCGGCGUCCGCCAAUGCGACUAGCAAUGCUCAGACAACGGUUGCAGCGACGUCUGCAUUGGCCAAGAUUAAGGCGCAUCAGCUUAUAACGGAGGACACGCCCAUUGAUAUCAUCAACAUGCCCAUCAUUGUGGCAGAUAAUGGGACGACGGAACCGAAAACGGCAAACGUUAAGUCAGCGCCGAUGGUGGUGCUGAAUACAACCGACUGGGAAAUGGAGCUUGACCAGGCUUCCAAGGCGGCGGCCGGCACAAACGCACCCACAACAACAUUUACUAAUGAUGCAAAAAGCAAGCAACCGUUUGAUGAUGUCAUUGUAGAGGAUAUUGGGGAGGAGAUGCAAGGGUCCAAUACGCAGCUUAAAAAUCGCAUAAUUGAAAUGCACGACGAUGUCGACAGUGCUAUUGAGUACGUGGACAUGGAAUUGGAGCAGCCCAUUGAGAUCGAGUGUACCAGUAACAUAUCGCCGGAGACACCGACCGGCAACAGCACAACCGCCACGUCGCUUAAAGCCACCAUUUUGCCACCCUUGUCAGAAGCGGAAGAGAAGAAAAAGCUGGAUCAACCAACAACAACAACAACAACAGGGGAAUCGGUCGCAGCACUAACUACAACGAUGCCAGCGAAAACGUCGACGCUGCCGUAGGCACAUGUGAUGAGUUAGAUAGAAUAUACCAUGUGGAUUUUCUUUUGCUGAUCCGAAGUGGAACGCACAAACAAAAAGCAGACAUGUACACACACACACACAUACAAACAAACAAACACACACACACACACGCAUACAGCCCGGUUUAAUUUAGAUUGAGUUAUUAGUUUAGUACCAAGUUCUUUAAGCAAAGUGCAACAUUAUGAUAAUUUGUAAAUGUAUAUGAAAAUAGCUUGAAUAUCGAUUAUAUAAUUUUAAACAAAAUCGAAAUUUUCGAAUCUUGUUUUACGCAGUGGUAACAAAAUUAAUUUAUCUUCUCCAAGCUGCCACCAUCGAAAUAUCAUAAUAUUUGUAUACAUUGUAAAUAGCAUAUCUUUCAUUUAGUUUAGUUUUAUAAGUUGAUAACGUAUUGCAAAAAGGCGAACAGAACAUCAAAUCAAUCAAUAAGUAAAAGUGUUUUCAAUGAGAUUAUAGUUUUUAGUUAUUAGUUAUUCCCUAAAUCUAAAUAUGGCCGAUCUGAUUACAAAAUUGUAAAUACUUGAGCAAAACAAUUGAAGAAUUUUUAAUAAUGCUAAAAGCCAUACAAUUCAUGUAUAUGUAUCAUGUAAAGAGCAGUAGAGAUAAGCUACAAGGACAAUGUUUAAAAGAAGAAGUAAAUCCUACACAUCCGCACACGCAUAAAUAUAUAUUCAUACAUUUAUUAUUAUAACGUACUAGCAGUGUAGCUGUUAAGUAUUUUAUGCAUCGAUUUUGUAAAUCUAAAACAUAAACAAUGUAAUUUUUAGACAAAACAAAAAACAGCGCAAUCGAAGCGAACCACCCAGAGGUAAACAAAAUGUAAUUAUACAAAAAUACUAUUGUUGAGCAAUGCGUGCAGCUAUAAAAUUUUUAACAUAGAAAUUUUAAAUGAAAUAAAUGUAAAUGUAAGCAUAAUAAAUCUUUGAUUUCAAAUGUUUCUGCGCCAAUAUUCGAUACUAUAAGGACAAUCAGUCAGACACUGAAAACAAUUCAAAAAUUAAAAUCAGGAGGCUUCUCUCCGAUGUUAUAUAUUAUAUAUAUAUUCUUAAUCAGCGCCGACAGCCGAGUCCACUCUUUGUCCAUCUGUGUGAAGUCAGUUAUCACAAGACCAAGUUAAGCUCCUCCCAUUUCAUUUAGAGCGAUCUACAUUUUUAUUUUUCUCAAAGAAAGAGUUUGUAAAUUCCCCAGGAGUAAACAUAGGUUGUGAUUAUUUAGCUUGUGUAUACUACCGAGUUCCCCGCAAAUUGUAAACACAACUUGUGAGGCAUCUUUUACGGUAGCUCGGAGCUGAGCACAUUGCUUCUGCUGGCUUUUACUAUAAAACAAAUCUAUAUGCCAAAAAAAUGAAUUGUUUUCAUUCGAAAAAAUAUGACGAGGGGUUCUUAGAUGGAUUAAUAGUCAGCUUAACGAGCCUAAAACAAGCCACACCUGUUCUUAACGUGAACCGAAGCAAGGACAAUUCGCUUAGGACUUGCAGGCCUGGUAUUAAGACAAUAUUUUCGUUCCCUUCAAAGCUUUUUCUUGCUAGUCAGAGAAUUAAAUGAAUUUGUAGCUUAUUGUUGCAAAGCUUUGCUGGAACCCAAUCUGUUGCAAUAGUAAAAUGAAAUAACAAUGAAAUUUACCCAUGCAACUCCAUAUCUUCCUUAUUGUACUCGGGCCAAGUUUAGUUUAGGAAUUCGAUUAAAAUUUCCGACAUGGAAACUAUCAAGUUAAAAUUGAUAUGUAUGUAUGUAAAGUGG